CACACUAAUCUUACCGGCUAUAGCCCACCUGCAAGUUCCAGAACUGAAAUUAUAUAUAUAAAUAUGCUGUCUACAGAAAUCUGUAUACGUGAUCUUGUAUUUAUUUCUGUGAUAAUAUCUUCCUCGUUUACCGUUUCCUUAUAUUGAGAAAUAUAGGAUCGGGAACGUUUAUCCACUUCCUUGUUUACUCGAUCAGUAUUUUUCUUGUGAGUGCAUUAAAUUACAUGUCCGGAGGUCAAGGGUUCGAAAAUUGACCUGGUACAGGGUUUUAUGCACCCAGCUUGAUUGUUCGGGAAUGAUUCUUUAUAUGCACUGAAUAUUUGGAGUUUUAGUUAGUUUUAAACCGAGGGUUUUGAAUAUCCACUGAGAUUUUGGUUUGGGGAGACGGAAAAAUUUGUUCAAGUGUAUCGGACGAUAUGGAUGCCGAAUUAUGGGCCGCUCGUGUUACUGCCGCUAAGCGCCAUCAUGCCGUUCAUUAUAACACAGCGGAGUGGGCUUCUUCUCGUAUUGUUACAGAUAGGCACUUUGGCUUUGAUGAUUUGGAGGGGGAUGAUGAUAUGCGGGCCGAUUUUACUUGCCCAUUUUGUUAUGAAGACUUUGACAUCACAUUGCUUUGCUAUCAUCUUGAGGACGAACAUUGCUUGGAGACAAAGAAUGUGGUAUGUCCUGUAUGCGCAGUUAAAGUUGGGCGGGAUAUGGUUGGGCAUAUAACUCUUCAACAUGGUCAUUUGUUCAAGAUGCAGCGUAGGAGGAGAUUUCGUAAGGGGGGGAUAGCCUCUAAUUCCACACAUCCAUUUCUGGGCAAGGAGUUCCGAGAGGGGCAGUUAAAUCCUCUUUUGGGAAGUGCUUCCUCUUGUGUUGUUUCUGCUUCUAGUGUAGCACCGGAUCCUCUACUCUCUUCUUUUGUGUAUAAUUUGUCAGUUUCUGAGACUAGUGAUGAACAAUUAAAGCCAAGUAUGUCUCUAGAAGAAAACUCAAUGAAGAACUCUCCUGAUGUGCAAGUGAUGGCCAGUGCUGACUCAUCUUUAACCAUGGAAGAAAGGGAACACAAGUUUGAAGAGGAGAGGAGGCGGGCGGCAUUUGUGCAGCAGUUAUUGCUGUCUACAAUCAUGGGUGAAAAUUUAUAACUUGGAAUGCUUAUAAAUAUAUAUGAAAUCACUCCUCAUCUUUGGGCUCUUAACAACCGUGGUAUCCUGCAUUUCUUCCCAACAAUGUAAAGAUUGCAGAUGUUGAGGCUGCUACUUUCUAAAGUGGCCAAACUUGCCCUCCAAUGUAUCAGGCCAUGACUUGCCUGCCUGGACUUGGUGCUGAUAUAAUAAGGAGUAUGCAAAAAAAUGGGUGUCCCGUGCUUGAGCUUGAUGUUUUUCUUGCAUUGCAGAAAAUUUCUCAAGAUGUUGCAUGUUUUAAAGGCAUUCUUCCUGAAGGCAUCAAGAAUGAGUCGACGCAGACAAAUACAGCUAGUUCAUCUAUUUAUUCUUAUUUGAAGUACUCAAAUGUUGAGAUGGGUAAAUUUUAGAUAGAUCUCUUUCAUUAUGGGUAAAAGAAAUUACAAAUUUACACGUUUUUGUAUGAAUUUCACUUCAACUGGAAGUUAGAGAUAAUUUUAGUGUUCUUUUACUUAAAUCUCA